GGCUAUUCACUCUGAGCCAAGCUGCCACAUUACCUACCUACUUACCUACUUACCUACUUAUGUAGGUAUUUACUGUGCUUCAGUAUCUCUCUAUAAAGGGAGACAUACCCAUGACCGACCUGGCCCCAGCGCUGUCCUUACUACUUACAUACGCUACGGCGGUAAACCGAACAUCCACUCGCUCCUCAACUUCGACCUCGACUCGACGGCUCUGGACAGCGACUGGACCACUGCGACUGCUGUACGUACCUGUCCCAAAUGUAAAAGGUCCCAUGCAGUUGCGUGCCUCCUGGACACCAGGCCUCGGACCAAGGGUGCCGCUAGCAGGGGUCUUGACGAGUGCCGCAGGCGUGCGUCCAAGCUGCCAACACCUUGAAUGGCCCUGGGAUGGCUUUGCUGACUCCGCGUCUUGCCCGGGAGUGUUCAACCGACUGCGCCAGCGUACCCGGGGGACUGGUAUUGCACUAAGCACGACCUGCCGGCGCACGCGCUCCUUAUUAGCCGUCAUAUACCUGGCCAGGGUGAAACCCUACCCUCGACCCGCCCCCCUAUCUCACAGCACCUCAUAGGCCGGCAGCAUCUUGCUCUGCAUGCCUACACUACUUACAGUACAUACUGUAGUACGUGCCGGCCCAACCGUCCUCGUGUCAUCUGAAGAGUGACCCCAGGGAAACAUUAAGCGGCAGUUGGAAAGCCGUCUGCUUGUGUGGUGGUAUUGGUCGGUGAGCCCAGACGACUGGCCCCGACCUAUUACUAUACACAGCGCUGUGCAUGAG